AUGAACAAUUCGUUGGUAUUCGAGCUCGUUACAAGUAACUUGACUCACCAGCAGUUAUGGGACGCUGUUAAGGCUCAUAAACUGUCAAAUUCAGUAAAUUCAGACAUUUGGGUCGUCAACGGUUGUCCUCCGCAUAAAUUGAGCAACGACGACGUGGAAUUGACAAAUGAAUGGAUUUUGCCGGUGGAAUUGCAGCAGUACGAUAGGGGAAGUUUAACUUUGGAACUAGCGGAUCAGAUUUUUGCAGAACUCAGAUGUCGAAGAAUCAUCUUGGGUAUUGUUAAUGAUGACGGAACAGUGGUGUAUUAUUUUAUGUACAAGGGUCUCCACAAGCCCAAGAAGAAUUGA